UGGUCUCACUAUAGUUCCUAUAAUAAUAAUUACAACAACAAAUUUUCCUCUGAAUCACCAAGCUCUGCAACUUUGCUUUCCCAGCAUGGAGUAUCCUCUCCUACCCAUUUUUGCUUUACUCAACCUUGCUAUGGUGGCAACCCAUGCUGCCUUACCUCCAGAGAUUUACUGGAAGUCCGUGCUUCCCAAUACGCCUAUGCCAAAAGCCAUCACCGAUUUUCUUCGUUCUGAUUGGGUGGAAGAGAAAAGCACCACAGUGAAUGAUGAUGCAGGGAAAGGUAAUCCCGGAGGCACCACAGUGAAUGUUGGAAAGGGAGGCGUAAACGUGAACACAGGAAAAGGAGGUAGUGGAACCAAUGUCAUUGUUGGUGGAAAAGGUGGAGGAGUUUCAGUGCAUGCAGGCCACAAGGGUAAGCCUAAGCCUGUAAAAGUUGAUGUUCCGCCAUUUUUGUACAGUUAUGCUGCCACUAAGACCCAAUUACACGAUAACCCCAAUGUGGCACUCUUCUUCUUGGAAAAGGACUUGCACCCCGGAACAAAAUUUGACUUGCACUUCACCAAAACCUCAAAUCAAGCCACGUUCUUGCCCCGCCAAGUCUCCGAUUCAAUACCCUUUUCAUCUAACAAGGUGGAAGAUAUAUUUAACAAGCUCUCUGUUAAACCUGACUCAGAAGAGGCUAAAACCAUGAAGAAUACUAUUAAUGAGUGUGAAGAGAAUGGCAUUAAAGGUGAAGAAAAGUACUGUGCAACUUCACUUGAGUCUAUGGUUGAUUUUAGCACUUCAAAGCUUGGAAACAAUGUUGAGGUUGUGUCCACGGAAGUUGAUAAAGAAACGGGGUUGCAAAAAUACGCUGUAACACAAGGAGUGAAGAAGUUUGGAGGGGACAAGGUGGUUGUGUGUCAUAAGCAAAAUUACCCAUAUGCUGUGUUUUAUUGUCACAAAACAGUGACUACUAGAGCUUACUCUGUGCCUUUGGAGGGUGCUGAAGGUAUCAGAGUUAAAGCAGUAGCAGUGUGCCACACUGAUACAUCUGAAUGGAAUCCCAAGCAUUUGGCUUUUCAAGUGCUCAAAGUUAAGCCAGGAACUGUUCCGGUUUGUCACUUCCUUCCUGAGGAUCACGUUGUUUGGGUUCCCAAGUAGAUUUAUGGUACUGUCAUGUCCUUGAAUAACCUGUUUUAGUAGCAUCAGCUACAGAACUUCCCCAUAUAGUUGCACUACAGAGCUCUAGAAACUAUUGGGUUGUUUAUUUAGACGCUUCACGGGGCUUCUCUAUGUAUAUUUUCCCAUCAUGCAGUGUGUAUGU